AUGAGCUUAACAAGCGGUGGCCUCGACUCGCGCCAUCACCUCCUCCUUGCCGCCUCCGCCCAAGGAAAAGAAGCUCGAGUCCGCGAAAUCCUCGCCGAAACGCCCACCUGGAACUCCCCCGCCGACCUCGAUGCCCUGCGCCAAGCCCUACAAAAAGCCAGCGCCCGCGGCUCGCUGCCAAUAGCCCGACUUCUCCUCGAACACGGUGCCGCCACCGACCCGCCUUCGGGCGAUCCUCGAUACGUGAACGAAAUAUCCGCUCUGUAUCGCGCAGCAGAAGGGGGUCGCACUGAAGUCGCUUCGCUGCUCCUGAAACACGGCGCGAAUGCGAAUUGGCAGAAUAAAGUCGGCGCGACGCCUCUGUUCCCCGCUUGCCUUCGCGGCCAUGUGGAAACGCUGCGUGUGCUGCUCCGUGGCGGCGCGUCGGUCGAUCAUCGAGACGUCGAGCGCGAGACGCCCUUACUCUUCUUGGCUAGGCAGAAGAAUUUCCCCAAGAACUUGCUCGAGUGCGUGACAACUCUGAUUGCGUGUGGUGCCGACUUGAAUGCCGCCGAUAAAGAUAGCAAGACGCCCCUGAUCUGGGCCGCGACAAACUCGAACCUCCUCCUCGUAUCUACGCUCCUCACCAACGACUUUGGAAGGAUUGCCGACGUCCAAGCGCGAACGAAUCGAUGCCGUAAUGCCCUCCAUAUCGCCGCCGAAACAAGUGCUGUUGAAGUCGUCAAGGUUCUAUUGUCGCAUGGUGCCGAUCCCUGUCGAACCAGCGAAGGAGGCUGGACGGCGCUGCACAAUGCGGCUCAGAAGGGCCACGCGGACAUCGUGUCUGUCCUGAUCGAAUACAAGUCCAGGGUGAACGCUCAGUUAUCCAAUGGCAUGACUCCCCUCCACUGGGCUGCUGCCGCCGGCCACGAAGAGGCUGUCAAUGCUCUGCUGGAUGCCCGCCAUUGCGACGUGACCAUCAAGGACAACAUCAAUCGCACGCCGAUGCUCUGCGCUGCUCAGGGCGGCCACUACGAACUUGCGAGACGCUUGGCGCCCAGCAACCUACCCGAAAGACUCCCCGGCAUUGCCAGGAGGGCCUGUCAGCUUUUCAACGCGACGAUUUACGACUUUAACUUCCACGGCGGGAAACAGAGGCCUUUCAAGGAGCCCGUCUACAAGCUUCUGUACGAGCAUGUGCCGAUUGACUGGAUAGAAACACUAUUAGCGAAGGCCUUCGUUGAGGGAAAUUUCCAAGACUUUGAGGGCUUCAAAGCUCUCCAGAGGUGCUUCGACCAAGAACACCGCGGAUCCUUUACCCACGCCCACUUCAUGAGGACGUACUGUACCCGCAUCUCUGCACCCAAGACUGAUCCAGUCCCUUCCCAAAACAUGACGAAAUCUCCUCUCGUCGUGGUGUCCGAGGAACCCUCGCUCACGCCCGCCGGUUCUGAUGGCGAGGGCGACGCUCCGGCUCCAAAGCCUGGCCUCCAUCCCCAUCCUCCCACUCCUCGCACGCCGAAGACGCCGCCGCUGGGAUCCCCUCGGGACGUCUCGCCCAAGGGAGAGAAGGGAGAAACCAAGAGGAAAAAGAAGGGCGAACAGAUCGCCAGCAGGCACCCCAAGUCUCACAAACGGGGGACUGGACCGCCGGGAAAUCCGCCUGGAAGCAAGGUUAACAAGGCCAUGCAGAGACAGGCCACGCUACAACUAGAGUCGUCGAACCUCUCGCCUUCAAAUGGGAAAAUCGUCCUCUUCAUGCCGUUUCUCCACUACGAGACGUACGAGCGCCAAAUCAACAUGGCCGAGACAAUCAACAGCGUAAGGGCCGAUCCUCGUCUCCAACCGCCUCCCAACGCGUGUCCCGACCAUUAUCUCUUCCACGCCUACCUCAACCACAUCCCGCCGCUCCACCCCCGGCGAACCCUCGAUCAAUACUUGUAUUACGGUAUUGAUACCACGGCGAGAGAUUCCGACCAGGUCGUCUAUCGCCAUUGCUUGAGGUCUCGCGAGGAACCAAAGGUAUUCAUGGUCGACCAACUGUGGCUUUUUGUUCUCGGAAGUGACCUUAUUAUCACUUGUUUCCCUCAGCGAUGGAACCAAAGCAAAGACGAUCCCCUAAAAGUCCUCGAAGGCAUCAUCGAAGACACCAACAUCAAAACUAGAUCGCCAGUAGCAUCCGUCUACGAUCUCGCAAUGGUCAUCGUCCAUCGCUGCUCCGGCCUCUUCGGACGUCACCUCAUGUCCGAGCCAGGGUACCAAUUCCUCGACAUGUUCGACAGCUCCAUAGGCCACGUCGGAAACCAAGAAACCGAACUCUUCAGCAGGUUUAACCGCGCCUCCGAGCUGGCGGCCAAGUGGCUACGCGACGCGAGACAACGGCCGUACGAUGAUUCGAACCUAUCGAUAAGCAGUGAGGGUGACGGGGAUAGCAUGGAAGGUGAUGACGUCCAAGUUUCUGAUACGUUGCUCGAUAUUGGCUACGAGACGAAGUUACUCGCCGAGGUCAAGGAUAUCCGAGACGAGCUGGGAAUCAUCACGUCUGUGCUCGAAGCGCAAUUGACCAAGAUACCCGAGUUCGAACAACUGAUCAUCGAAGAGCUCCAAACGGAAAACAACCCUCGGUCCGUCGACAAUAUCGUCGCGGACAUCAAGAAACGGUCUAGAGAAAUGACGCGCCUGGUCAUCAUCUCCCUAACGGACAUCAAAGACAGGAUGGACAAGCAAGCCGAGAGAAUCUACAACAGUCUCACCCACCUCCUCGACCUCAAGCAGAAACAUUCCAACGCACUCGAGGCCCGCUUCGCGCGAGACCAGGCCGUCAUCGCGGGCAGACAAGGCCAAACCAUCAUGGUCUUCACCAUCGUCACGGUCAUCUUCCUCCCCAUGUCCUUCAUCGCCGCCUUCUUUGCCAUCAACUUCACGGACUGGGAAGGCAACGAAAAACUCACCAUCGGCUACGUAUCGAAGUAUAUGUUCGGCAUCGGCCUGGGCAUCUCCAUCCCGCUCAUCGUCAUGGCUCUCACCAUCGACGACAUCCACGGCGCUAUGCGACGGUCCAUUAUCGGCAUCACGCGCAGCCUGCAGAAGAUCGCCGCCAAGAGACACGCCCAGGCCAACGAUCCUGCCGAGGGCAGAGUCUCGGUGUGCGGACGCCCUUCGCAGGACGUGGCGUUCAUCAGACGCGCUGGCGGAGAUAUGGGAUACUCGACUUGGGAGGCGCUUGGGUCGCGGGCCAGAAGCGGGAGCUAUACGGCGGCGGAGUAUCAGGAUCUUGCGGCGUCGAGGCUCUCGCCCGUGCUAGCGAGGUUAAGGGGGUCGAGGAGGAGCGCGUCGAGCGGGGCGGGGACGGGCGUUGGAUAUGAUAUGGAGUAUAUUGGGUUUAGUGCGGAUGUCGAGAGAGUGAUCAGUCGGCCGAAUUCGUCGGUCAAGUAUUGA